AUGGCCUGCUCACAGGUGCACAACACGUCUACAACACGCCUACAACACGUCUACAACACGUCCACAACACGCCUACAACAUGUCCACAACACGCCUACAACACGUCCACAACACGUCCACAACACGCCUACAACACGUCUACAACACGUCCACAACACGUCUACAACACGCCUACAACACGUCUACAACACGUCCACAACACGCCUACAACACGUCUACAACACGCCUACAACACGUCUACAAUACGCCUACAACACGCCUACAACACGUCUACAACACGCCUACAACACGUCUACAACACGCCUACAACUUGUCUACAACACGUCUACAACACGCCUACAACACGCCUACAACACGUCUACAACGCGCCUACAACGCGCCUACAACACGCCUACAACACGUCUACAACACGCCUACAACGCGCCUACAACACGCCUACAACACGUCCACAACACGCCUACAACACGCCUACAACACGUCUACAACACGCCUACAACACGCCUACAACACGUCUACAACACGCCUAGAACACGUCCACAACACGCCUACAACACGCCUACAACACGUCUACUACACGUCUACAACACGCCUACAACGCGCCUACAACACGUCUACAACACGCCUACAACACGUCCACAACACGUUUACAACACGCCUACAACACGUCCACAACACGCCUACAACACGCCUACAACACGUCCACAACACGUCCACAACACGCCUACAACACGCCUACAACACGUCUACAACACGUCUACAACACGCCUACAACACGUCCACAACACGUCCACAACACGCCUACAACACGUCCACAACACGUCCACAACACGCCUACAACACGCCUACAACACGUCUACAACACGUCUAGAACACGCCUACAACAUGCCUACAACACGUCCACAACACGCCUACAACACGCCUACAACACGCCUACAACACGUCUACAUCACGUCUGCAACACGCUUACAACGCGCCUACAACACGUCUACAACACGCCUACAACACGUCCACAACACGUCCACAACACGUCCACAACACGCCUACAACACGUCCACAACACGUCUACAACACGCCUACAACACGUCCACAACACGCCUACAACACGUCUACAACACGCCUACAACACGUCCACAACACGUCAACAACACGCCUACAACACGUCCACAACACGCCUACAACACGUCCACAACACGUCCACAACACGCCUACAACACGUCUAUAACACGUCCACAACACGUCUACAACACGUCUUCAACACGCCUACAACACGUCCACAACACGUCCACAACACGCCUACAACACGUCUACAACACGUCCACAACACGUCCACAACACGACUACAACACGUCCACAACACGUCUACAACACGCCUACAACACGUCCACAACACGUCUACAACACGCCUACAACACGUCCACAACACGUCUACAACACGCCUACAACACGUCUACAACACGCCUACAACACGUCUACAACACGCCUACAACACGUCUACAACACGCCUACAACGCGCCUACAACACGCCUCAUCACAUGUGCAGACUGGGAUCCUACCUGCUCCUGGAGACUGUAA